AUGAUAAACACAACUGGAUAUGAAAACAGCACAAGUGCGACUCAAGUAACAUCAUGGAAUGCUCGUUCAACAAGCUUCGCAGUUCUUGCAGGCCUUAAUAUUUUUCUCGCCAUCACUGCAUCUCUUGGCAACGCUCUGAUCCUGAUUGCUCUUCAUAAAGUGACGUCCAUUUAUCCACCAACAAAACUGUUAUUUCGAUGCCUGGCAGUCACCGAUCUUUUAGUUGGACUUAUCUCUCAGCCACUAUAUGUAACUACUUUCUUUCCCGAGUUUACAGCUUGGAAUGUGAAUGUCACAAUUCUUCAUACAGACGAGUUUUUCUUUCGUCUGCUUACUGCAGUAUCACUCCUUACAUCAGCCUCCAUCAGUGUGGACAGACUUCUUACCCUGUUGUUAGGGCUUAGAUACAGACACACUGUAACAUUAAGGCGAGUUUGGGUGGUCAUACUUUGUUUUUGGCUGAUCAGUGCUCUUCAAGCUACAGGUGGUAUAAUACUCUUUAAACAUCCAAAACUACCUGAAAUUGUCUUUUGGAUAUUCUGUGCGCUAUUAACACUUUCCUUGCUAGUCUCAGUAUUCUCUUACGCGAAGAUAUUUAAAACCCUUCGUCAUCGACAAGUUCAGGUUCAUGGCAAUACUCAACAAGGACAGCGGCCAAAUGGAGGAGGGAAUCAAUUGAACAUAGCUCGAUACAAGAAGACAGUGUACAGCAUAGCAUGGGUGCAGUUAGCUUUACUUAUUUGCUAUUUUCCAUAUAACUUAUUAGGGUUUUUAAGGUUGUUCGAUAAAGUAUCAUAUUCGACCGAAACAUUUAUUCUUUGGGAAUUGUUCGUGACUCUCCUUUAUUUAAAUUCUUCUUUAAACCCAGUACUUUAUUGUUGGAGGAUCAGAGAUGUGAGACAAGAAGUGAAGAACAUGAUCCGCAAGAUUUUCCGCUGCUUUUAAAAAUUAAUAACUAUCAAAAAGGAACUCUUAAGGUGAGCUCAUUUUGCUACGGGUAUCAGAGCCUGUAUACCUUUUGAGACCCAUACAAAGUUAGAAAAUAUCUCAAGUAAUUAAAACAGAAAUUCUGAAAGGGGAUGAUUUUAUUGUUAAUUCAUGUGUCUAGAAAAUUGAUGAUUUUCACCUGUUAAAAAUGAAAAACAAAUAAAAAUGCUUAAUGUUGGCCACUUUUAUACCUUAUUUACUCUUUUUUCUGUAGGCCUUUACUUAAGAACCACCUUUUUUAUGGUUUACCCAAAAAUUGUUGUUUUUCAACUUUCGCCCAAUACAACCCCAAAUCAGGACAAACUAAGAAGGUUUAGCUCAUCAGUAAGAAGGCGGGAAAAAGCUGGGGAAGUGAGGGAUGAUAUGUCAACAAGCCUAAUCUUACGCAGUUCAAACUUACAGUUCUAGGGAAAAGAUUUAGGGCAUCCAUCUGGUGAGGGUGAUGGAUAAGAAUUUUUAGUCUGACAAUUCGAUAUAAGAUUUUUUUGUGUAGUGAACAUAGCGCGAUACAGAAAGACUGAACAGUCAGUAUAUAGCUGAGCAUAUAAUAGGUGUAGUUGGCUUUACUUGUUUGCUAUGCUCCUUUAGUGACAGCAUAGCAUGCGCAUUGUUUAUAGGUCUGGCAACUAAACUGCCCGGAAUAGAGCGGUCGAUGUGGGGCAGGAUAAAGAUGUACAAAAAUAUAAGAAGUGAAGAACAUUAUUCGCAAAUAUUGCAGUCGCUCUCAAAAUUCAGGGUAACAAAGUUAGAAUAAACGACACGUCGAUUGUGUAUUAUCAAGACGACAGAUCUUGAUUACGAAUUUAUUUUUAAAUAAAGGGCUUUCCACUGGGAAAGAGAGGUUGCAGUGUCACCCCACCCAUUUCCAAACACUACCAUCCGAGACUACUAUACGGAAAAAAUCUAGUCUCAGAGUGUUAAAACAUCAAACAUUAAGACAAAUUGAAAGAGUUGUUGUGUUUGUUAUAGUUAUCGUUUACGCAGCUAUUUGAACUUGUUUUUUAAACGUUCACGUAUGGUGCUCCAGAAUUUGAUUGUAGAGGGAGUCCAGAGCAGAAAAGACGUUCACAAAACUGUCGGACAAAGUAUAUGAAAAUUAACAAAACAGAAGCUUUGACUGUGCUCUGUUCUGUUGUAAAGCACGCAGGAAGCGGCUAGAGCAUGAAAAAGGGAAACACGAGACGCAGUUUGGGAGUGUUUGUCUCUACUUCUUGAGUGUUAGCCCUCACUUUAACUUCUCUAUUUUUCCUUAAUUCCCAUUACUCCCUGCUCGCGCUCUGCGUUCGUUCCAAUCAGGGUUGAUAAAGGUUAGGCGGUGAAACGAGCGCUCCGCUCUUAAUUCAGUGUGUGAUGCGCAGUAGGACUGGCACUAGCGCUCUUUCCGCGCUUCCGGUACGCUUAAAGGCCGGUGAAAUUUUCCUUUUUGUAAACCGGAAAUCCUAUUUUCUUUCAGUAAUUUCAGGCUACUAUGUUCAAUAGAUAAAUUUGUUUUAUAACAAUAUUAAUAAACAGUUUGAUAUGUUAAUGUUUGUGUGCCUAAAAGUCAAACUUGUUGGUCGUGUAAUGCCAAAAUUUGAGUUCAAUUUGAAAGUGUUGAAGGUCUCCUCCUUCCGCUAAGUAUCACCUAAUCGUCUUUCGCCGUUUCGUUUGCAAAAGCUUAACACUUCUCAACCGUAAUUUUUACAUAUGGUAAAGGGGGAUAAAUUUUACAUAACAUAACAAAAAAUUAGCUUGAUAUAUUUUGAUAUAGUGGCGUUGUAGUACUUCAAACAUUGCUUCUCGGGAGGAACGCGCCAUGGCGAUUCGUGCAAUGCGUCGCAAAUCCGCCAACCGCAUGUAAACAAAAUUUAUUGAGAUUAAUUGUAAGGUUUUUUCUCCGUUUUUCUCUCUAAUAAAAGACAAAUUAAACAGUAAACACUGAGGGGAAACUAAUUUUGAAGUUCCGAAGAAACAGAAAGACUUACGACCGAAAUGUUUUUUUCAAAAUUAAAAUAAGGAUGAUGGUGAUUGAAAUUAGCAUAAUUACACCUUGCACGAGGUGCACGCAUUUAUAAAAUACAUGCGUCCAGUCUAGUUAUGAAAAACCAUCUGCUGUCUUUUAGUUUUGCCAUGGAUGACAUGGAUGAGAUUUUCCUUCGUGUUUUAGACAGUAUCUAGUUGUUUUUGUUUUGGUAUAACAUCGACAUGGGCGUAAUAUAACGAAAAUAUAGUAGAGUAUGGUAGAGUCAUGGAAGUAACCAGAGAAACCAUUUGAAAGAGAUGUUUGUUUACUCCAACUAAACCUCCCACAAAAAAUUAGCAACAUUUGCCUCUUAGAGAACUCGAGCAGCCAUAAUUCAGUGACAGCGGCAGUGUCUAAAGAACAAUUAAACCACAUCGCCCUGACCGAAGUCGAAAACAGGCGGCAUUUCUAGACAGAGUCCCAGUCCUCUGCAUCACACCUUCUUGCUCGGACGCGCUCGUUUCACUUCCCAACCUUUAUCCGCCCUGGUUCCCAUCAUUCCCUUCUCGCACUUCUCGCUUGUUGUUUCUCGCUUUCUUCUUUUUGCCUCGCUAACUGCUCACCACAGCGCCUUGGAAAAGGCUGUGUGGAGGAGGCAGAACUAUUCAUACAUGUAUGUUGGGAUGGAAGAUAUACGCAAGGAGUACGUUUUCUGGCAAAAAUGGUAUAUAAAACGGUAAGGGGCUGGACCUCGGGGCGGAACCUCCCUGUAUAACACUUUGUUCAGUACCCCCCCCACCCCCCCCUCCCCGGAGGUAACACCUACUAGAGUGAACCCUUCAAUCAACUCAAAUUUUUUCACUACAGUAUAAGAAAAUUAAUCAAUACUCUAGAAAGCAUUCGAAGCUAUUUAAUAAUAUAUGACUGCAGUGGCUACGGACGAAAGAAAUUGUAAUACUAAAAUUGUGAGAAUGAAACUAGGUUCCCCUAAAGCUAUGUAAAAAAGAAAAAGACAACAUACCCAUUAAAAAAUUCCUUAAGCCCCUUAUCAAUUAAUAUCUCCUGCCCACCUCCGCCUUUGAUAUCAACCGCAGUGUCUACCAUGCCAUCGUUAAGGCAAUAAGGUAAUAAUCACUAAGUUGUUGUCUAAUAGAGACUCUGAACUACUGCAUGUAAUUACUAAGAUACUUAUUCAAACAAUAAAAAGGAAGUAUUAGCAACCAAUAACUAGUUCAACCGAGUAUAAAAACAAAAACAAAAAAUCCAUGGAGUCCUUUUAAUUUAUGAAAAAACAUGAAAUUUCUUUUACGUUUUAAACCUCUAAAGCAAAAAGUGACUUAUCUUAGAACUGAGACGAGCAAUUUUCCAUCUGUUUCCUUAAUGGUAACAAUAAUUAUUGAGACAAUCAUCACUGACUCUAAUGGAAAGCAAUAUUUUCACGACGCUAAGUGGAAGAAAUAUGUUUAAAAUAAUAAGCCCGCCAGUCGGAUUACAUAAAUAUGAACUAAAACUUCGUCGUUAGAACACCAAACAACUGCCGAGAAGUAGAUCUGAAGAAACUACUCCAAUUCUGCUGGAUAAAGAAAUUAGUUUUAAAAGCUAAGCCAGUUUCCCAAUAACAUAUGAUUCCGACAUUUUUGUGAAUCAUUUAAAAACUGACUCUUAUAAGGCUAAAUUAACAAUAAAACAACUCUUUUGUUUAAAUGAUGAUAAAUGAUAAAAAUAUACAUAUGGCACCUGUUAACUACUACGCUUAUUAUUUUAUCAAUAAUUUCAAUUUCCUCUAGUCAUGUUAUGAUUUAUUGGUUUUUGCUUUCAAUUUUGCUAUAAAUUGGUUGAUCCGACUUUCUGGUUUCAUUAAGUCAAGCCCACCGCCCUCAUAUGAAUAAACAAAAAAUAUCUAUAAAAUACUUAUUACGAUCAAGAUCAAAAAAAGAAACGUUAUGAAAGAAAAUAAAAUAACCACUAAAUAUGUAUCCUAUAGAUGUUUUUCAAACCGUCAGGUUUCAAAUUUACAUGCAGGUGUUAAGUGAUGAGACUAUUGAACAACAAAAGCAGUUUAUUCAAUGGACAACUAGGCUCCCAGAACAAAUUAAAAUGCAAUAUGCCGCAGAUCUUUAAUUGGCGACAGAAAUAGGCUAUGCUUAUGUACACCAUACCGGAUGGCUUUUUGUGCCGAAACCAUAAGCAACUCCGACUGAACACCUAGUAUCCAAUAUGUGACUCAGGAGAUGUGACUCUUCGAGGAAAUUUUGAGAUAAAUUGUUUGCAGAGAGUGUAAACACAGAAAUACAUUGUAUGGAAGUAAAAAAUAAAGUGUUUACAGGAGGACGGAGACACAAUAUAAAUUGUUUGUAGCAGGAGUCGCAUAUAAAAAAAAAAGUUUGCAUGUGAAAAUUUUCCAACCUCCCUCUUAAAAAAAUAAUGAUCCGUCCGUUAGAGAAAUCUCGCCUAAAUCACCGUUAUUAUGUGUGAACAGAAGCCCUAUUCGGUAUGGUUUUGAUGCCGGCGCUAAAGCUAUCCUGUAUAGUGUAAGCAUAGCAUUAAUUUGAUCAUGAUAUCGUAAAUCCAGCCAAUAAGUAUGGGCAGCAAACGACUGAUCGCUGUAAAAUAUCUGUUCGGAGAAGUAAAAAUUCCCUGGACUUUUCUAUAGCUUGAGGAUGACCAAAACUUUCUAGGUGACGGGCCCUUUCAUGUACAAUUUUCGAAGCUUAUCUAAUAAAUUAGCUACGAUUUUCCUUAGUUUAAUUUUUUUGCAUUUCCCUCCCCAGGUUAUGCUAUUUUUCAAUUCGUAGAAAAAGAAAACCCAAAACGUUUUAGUAGUCAAAAUUGUUAUGGACAGAGGAAUCAGAAAAUUCUCACUUUCGUAAAACUUUGUAUUGCAUCUAAGUUGCCUAACUCAAGUUGCCCUAGUAUGACCGAACAGACACUAAUUUUAUAUUAAUUUCAUAGCUCCGCUUAAAAUGCAUGUCGAGAGGCUUAAAAGUAUUCGAAUUAGUCAUUAUAGACACACUGUAACAUUAAGACGCGUCUCUUUGGUUUUAAUCUGUGUUUGGUUAAUUAGUGCCCUAACAUCCAUUGAUAAAAACUCUUUAUUUUGUGAACUUUACAAAACGGUACAUUGCUCUCUUGGCUACCAUCUCUUAUUGAUAAUGUCUGUUAUUACAUCAACGUUACUUGCAUAAAAAUUUCCCACACUUUUCGUAAGAACCAAGCUCAAAUUCGAGAACCACCAAACGGAAGGGAUAAUCAACUGAACAUAGCUUGAUACAAGAAAACCAUUUACAGGGAUAACAUGGGUGCAGCUAGCCUUACUUGUUUACUAUGCUCUGCACUAGCUGCUGUCAUUUCAAUAACAUUCUGUUUAAUAGCCGGUUUCAGUUAAAUACCACAACAGCCAUCGCUCGGGAAUCAUUUGCAACUAUUCUUUAUUUAAAUUCUUCUCUAAACCCUUCGCUUCAUUUUUGGACGAUCAGAGAUGUGAGACAAGAACUCUGCUGUUGAGUUUAAUAAAUUAUUUGAUGGCUGUAAACGAGAAACAGAUAACAAAGACACAACAUAUAUAAAGAAGUAACAUGAAAAUCUUACUAUAAAAUAUAUUUCAAAAUGAACUAUUUACAAAAUUGUCUUUGGAGUCGUUUAACCCGAGAACAUUAACUAAGCACCUGUUUGACUUUUAUGUGCUGAUGCAUUUGCUGAUGUUUCAUUCGAAACCGGAGUUGAACUACCAGUUUGAAUUUAAAAAAGAGAAUAAAAAUAAUCCCAAGAGCGGGAAAAUGAGACGCCUAAGAAUCCACCCCACGUUUGAGAUGAGAAAAAUGUCCCUUAUCCAUCAAUCUCUAACAAAGUUGAAACUUUUUAUUUUUACACUGCAAACGUGACUUCCUUUUCAGCUUAGAAGAAGACCAACUUGUCAUCCAAUGAAAAAAAAUCUAUAUAACUAUACGUUGAAUGUGAUGAAUAAAACUGCAGCCAGAUACCCGCGUUUAAGACGCUAAAUACUGAAUCUGUAAACCUUUUCUAAAACAAAAGACACUGGGGCCGAUACAUACGGCCCUGUUCAGUGGCGUGUUUCCGCUUAGGCCAAAUAAAGAAGAACACCACUCCUGAAAACAGAGUUGUAAGAGAACGUAUAGCUUCGUUAAAAUGAACAACUAAGUAUAUGACAAACGACAGAAUUGGUCACUAUGAACCGCUAACUAAGAAUAACUGUUUUCAAUGAAUCCAUUUGAAAAUGUCCAAAUAUAAGAAAAACAAUAACGCAGUCUUGGAAGCAAAUUACAAACCAAGUUAUUAAAGAAACAAUAACUGCAAUGACUACAAGCUUAAUUAAGAAAGAAAAUAGGCUUCCCGCCUUGCGGCUUCCUUGCAGACAGAGGCUGUUUUAAUUUUAAAAUUUAGGCAAUAGAUCAGCUGCCCAAGUCUGCCCAUAUCGUCUUUAAGCGAACCAAUAAGGUGGUUGUCAGUUCGUUGUUUUAUAUUCAGACUAAUGGUUGGUGCAUUGAACGGCUAACUUAAGACACUUAAUCGAACAAAGAAAUUUUGUCCUAAAUUCAACAAUCGGCAUACUCAGCUUCUUAGGUUAGGUCUAGCUCCUAGAAAGAACAGAAAAAUAAACAGGAUACGAUAGUAGUUCAAAUACCACUGACCGGUAUGUCGUAAAACAAUGCACUAGUUCUAAAAGUGGCUGUCAUCAUCCUGUUUAGCUCAGAACCAAUUAAAAACAACCUUUUAUUAUAAUCUCUUUACUUGUAGAACCUGUUUAUAAAGGCCUGCGUUGUUUCCAAAAGCAAUUACUAAACUUAGAAGGAAUUCUUUGCAUACAUAUUAAGCCGAGUGUAGUUCCUUUGCAACAAAUGUAAAGACAUGGCAAACUCAACAGAAUAUGCAAACAGCACAAGUGCGAUUGAAGUAACCUCAUGGAAUGCUUAUUCAACGAGCAUGGCAAUUCUUGCAGGCAUCAAUAUUUUUCUCGCCAUCACCGCAUCUCUUGGCAACACUCUGAUCCUGAUUGCUCUUCAUAAAGUGACGUCCAUUUAUCCACCAACAAAACUGUUAUUUCGAUGCCUGGCAGUCACCGAUCUUUUAGUUGGACUUAUCUCUCAACCACUGUAUGUUACUAUUCUCUUUCCCUGGUUCACAACUUGGAAUGUGAAUGUCGCAAUUGUUUUGGCAGACGGGUUUUUCUUUCGUCUGCUUUCUGCAGUAUCACUCCUUACAUCAGCCGCCAUCAGUGUGGACAGACUCCUUGCCCUGUUAUUAGGCCUGAGAUAUAGACACACUGUAACAUUAAGACGAGUUUGGGUUGUCCUAUUUUGUUUUUGGUUGAUUAGUGCCCUUCAAGCCACAGGUAGUAUAUUUUUUGAAUAUCCAAAACUAGAUAAAAUAGCCAAUAUGUUACUCUGUCCUUUAUUAAUGCUUUCCUUGCUAGUUUCAGUAUUCUCUUACGCGAAGAUAUUUAAAACCCUUCGUUAUCGACAAGUUCAGGUUCAUCGCAAUACUCACCAAGGACCGCGGCCAAAUGGAGGAGGGAAUCAACUGAACAUAGCUCGAUACAAGAAGACAGUGUACAGCAUAGCAUGGGUGCAGUUAGCUUUACUUAUUUGCUAUUUUCCAUAUAACUUAAUGGUAUUCUUAAGGUUGCUUGGUAAACUACCCUUUUCUACCGAAAUAUAUCUUAUUUGGGAAUUAUUCGUAACCCUCCUUUAUUUAAAUUCUUCUUUAAACCCAGCGCUUUAUUAUUGGAGGAUCAGAGAUGUGAAACAAGAAGUGAAGAACAUCAUCCGCAAGGUUUUCCGCUGCUUUUAA